AUUAUGGGCAGUAGUAUUCAUACCAUACCAUCAAUUUAGCCAUUUCUAUCAUCUUUGAUAAAUUUUUUUUUGCUGUAAAUUUGUUCCAAUAUUUUUCCCUAUCCCCAUAAACUCAUCACAAUCACCUCUCUUUCUGGCUCGCAGUUUUUUUGCCGAAUAACGAAGAAAGUCAGGAGAAAAAAGUGAGCCAAUAUGUCUUUUGAGGGUUUGGCUUUUCUUAUCAUUUAAACCUGAAUUCUCUCUGACCCUUCUUCAACUUUGUCUCUUCUCUCUGUCUAUCAAUCUAUCUGUAUUCCUAAUUUUAUUUUUUUUCAUAGUUUUCUACAUUGAAGUUCUUGUAGGCAAUCUCAUUAAAGGCAAGUGAUUUAUUUCACAAGAUUCAAGAUUUAAGGGUUUACCUGCAAACCCACAAAGCCUGAGCUCUGAGUUUUGAUGAAAGUUGAAACCAUUGACUUCUGUAUCUGCAAUGCGUUUACCAUUAUAAAUUUUAUUAUCAGUUGUUUGGAUUUUUAUGGAAUUAUCAAUCUUCUAUAUUCAAUUCUGUUACUUGUUUAAGGAUUAGGGUUUUUGGGGUCAAAGUCUAUUGUUAUCUUGGUUAUUUAGUGGGUUGUGAACUUGAUUGGAGGCUGAGGGUUGAUUGAUUAGUGGGUUAUUUUGUUUCCUUAAUUUACUAAAGACUUUAGGUAAUUGAGGUUAAAGGUAUUGGUAGCUGACAUCUGUGAAUUGAUUGAGAUAUGAGUCGAAGAUUGAGACGUAAAGUGGCAAAUAAGGGGAAGGAGAAGGUUGUUUUGCCUAGUUUCCCUGAAGUUGAGGACAAGGUUUUAGAAUCUGAGCGAAGUGGGAAUGUUGAUUGGACUAGUUUGCCUGAUGACACAGUGAUUCAGUUGUUUUCAAAUCUGAAUUAUAGAGACCGGGCAAUGCUGUCAUCAACAUGUAGGACAUGGAGGGCUUUGGGUGGUUCUCCAUGUUUGUGGAGUUCAUUGGAUCUUCGUGCACAUAAAUGUGAUGCUACUAUGGCAGCUUCGCUUGCUUCCAGAUGUGUGAAUCUUCGGAAGCUUAGAUUUCGUGGUGCAGAGUCUGCAGAUGCAAUAAUAUUCCUUCAGGCUAGGAAUUUGCAGGAAAUAAGUGGUGAUUACUGUCGGAAAAUAACUGAUGCAACAUUGUCUGUGAUUGUGGCUCGUCAUGAAGCACUGGAAAGCCUUCAACUUGGGCCUGACUUCUGUGAGAGGAUCACUAGUGAUGCCAUCAAAGCAACAGCUCUUUGCUGUCCCAAAUUGAAGAAACUUCGACUGUCUGGAAUUAGGGAUAUUUGUGGUGAUGCUAUCAAUGCUUUGGCUAAACACUGUCUGAAUUUGGCUGACAUUGGGUUUUUGGACUGCCUGAAUAUUGAUGAGGCAGCAUUGGGAAAUGUAUCAUCUAUUUGUUUUCUCUCAGUUGCAGGGACUUCAAAUAUGAAAUGGGGGGUGGUUGCACAGAUUUGGCAUAAGCUCCCUAAAUUAGUUGGGUUGGAUGUUUCAAGAACUGAUGUUGGUCCAAUUACUAUUGCCCGAUUGCUAUCUUCAUCCAAGAGCUUGAAGGUUUUGUGUGCCUUGAACUGUCCAAUUCUUGAAGAGGAUACCAGUUUUAGCACAGUUCAGAAUAAAGGCAAAUUCUUAGUUUCCGUCUUUACCGAUGUUUUUAAAACUAUAGCUUCUUUAUUUGACGAUACUACACAGAAAGAGAAGAAUGUGUUUCUCAAUUGGAGGAAUUCAAAAAGUAAAGAUAAAAAAUUGGAUGAGAUUAUGACUUGGCUUGAAUGGAUUCUUUCCCAUACACUUCUGCGUGCUGCUGAGAGCAACCCACAGGGUUUGGAUGACUUCUGGCUGAAGCAAGGUGCAGCCCUAUUGCUCAGUUUAAUGCAAAGCUCACAAGAGGAUGUUCAAGAAAGAGCAGCCACUGGACUAGCAACCUUUGUUGUCAUUAAUGAUGAAAAUGCUAGCAUAGAUUGUGGAAGGGCUGAAGCAGUUAUGAAAGAUGGUGGCAUAUGUCUUCUGUUGGACCUUGCAAAAUCCUGGCGGGAAGGCCUUCAAUCUGAGGCUGCAAAGGCUAUAGCAAACUUGUCCGUGAAUUCCAAUGUUGCAAAAGCUGUUGCAGAAGAAGGAGGAAUCAAUAUCCUUGCAUAUUUGGCAAGGUCCAUGAAUAGGCUGGUAGCCGAAGAGGCAGCUGGAGGGCUAUGGAAUUUGUCUGUCGGAGAAGAGCAUAAGGGUGCUAUUGCUGAGGCUGGCGGAGUAAAAGCUCUAGUUGAUCUUAUAUCUAAAUGGUUCUCUGGUGGUGAUGGUGUUCUGGAGCGUGCAGCUGGUGCUUUAGCUAAUUUAGCUGCCGAUGACAAGUGUAGUAUGGAAGUUGCUUUGGCAGGUGGUGUACGUGCUUUGGUGAUGCUUGCUCGUAAUUGCAAGUUUGAGGGAGUGCAAGAACAGGCUGCUCGUGCAUUGGCUAAUUUGGCUGCUCAUGGAGACAGCAAUACUAACAAUUCUGCUGUUGGACAAGAGGCAGGUGCUCUUGAAGCCCUUGUUCAACUUACACGCUCUCCCCAUGAAGGUGUUAGGCAAGAAGCUGCUGGUGCUUUAUGGAAUUUGUCAUUCGAUGACAGGAAUCGAGAAGCAAUAGCAGCAGCUGGUGGUGUUGAGGCACUGGUUGCCCUUGCACAAUCCUGUUCAAAUGCAUCUCCAGGUCUGCAAGAGAGGGCAGCUGGUGCUCUUUGGGGAUUGUCGGUGUCUGAAGCUAAUUGCAUUGCUAUUGGACGAGAAGGAGGUGUUGCACCCCUGAUAGCACUUGCACGCUCUGAGGCUGAAGAUGUCCAUGAAACAGCUGCAGGAGCUCUUUGGAAUCUUGCCUUUAACCCUGGUAAUGCUUUACGUAUCGUGGAGGAAGGGGGAGUUCCUGCACUUGUUCACUUGUGUAGUUCUUCAGUAUCAAAGAUGGCACGCUUCAUGGCUGCAUUGGCAUUGGCAUACAUGUUUGACGGCAGAAUGGAUGAAUCUGCCCUAAUAGGAACUUCAUUAGAAGGCACCUCAAAGAGUGUGAACUUAGAUGGGGCUAGAAGGAUGGCUUUGAAGCAUAUUGAAGCUUUUGUUCUUACAUUUUCUGAUCCACAAGCAUUUGCUGCUGCUGCUGCAUCGUCUGCUCCGGCAGCAUUGUCACAAGUGACAGAAAGAGCUCGUAUUCAUGAAGCAGGGCAUUUAAGAUGCAGUGGAGCUGAAAUAGGAAGAUUUAUCACAAUGCUACGCAACUCUUCUUCUAUACUGAAGUCCUGUGCAGCAUUUGCGCUUCUCCAGUUUACCAUUCCUGGUGGUCGGCACGCAAUGCAUCAUGCAAGUCUUAUGCAGGGCGUUGGGGCAGCACGGGUUCUUCGUGCUGCAGCUGCAGCUGCAACAGCCCCACUUGAAGCUAAAAUAUUUGCUAGAAUUGUACUUCGGAACCUUGAGCACCACCACGAGCAUGUAGAAAUGUCAAUAUUUUAGAUCAUCUCUUAGAGAAGCAUGUAUAUCCAGCGAUGUCAACAAAUUAUGUGUAGCUAUGGAGCCUCCCAUACCAGCAGUGUCAGAAACUGUAAGAAUAUUUUUUUGCUUUGUCGUGUAACUAUAUAAAUGUGAACUAAAAUCAUGCGCCAGGGCGAUACAACUUAAUCUUUUCCUUUGUCUCUCCAUUUGUUAGGUAUUUAGAAGUUGUUCAGUUAGGUGUGAAAGUGAUCUUAUCUCCCCUUUUUGUGACUUUUUUUUUUUUUAUGUUAAAGGUACUUUGAGUGGGGGACUGUUUAAGAAUGAGUGCCUCAUUUUUUUUCUUUGUAUUUUUUUUGACAAUUUCUUCUACAAAAGCAUAAAUGCUGAAGUUGUUCUA